AUCUAAUGAAUGCUUUGCAAUUGAGGGCUCGUGAUAAUCUUACUGUGCUGCAAGAAGAAUUUGCUUUGAUGCUAUUGAAAAUUGGACACUGCACAGUCUAUGAUAGGACCAUCAGAAACAAAGAAUUAAAGAUUGUUGCAGAGGAAAUUGAAAUGUGUGAAGGAGAAGUAAUAAAGCUGAAUCCAUACCACAAUGACAAAGAAAGUAUGAGAGGAAUUAUUUUAAUUAUAAAAUCAAAUCAAUGAAUGUACAUGUAUGUGCCGGUCUCCUUGACAGUCAAGUAGCACAAUUUAUACAGUUAAAACAGAAACAAGAAUUCAUCAAUAGUUGCAUGCAGGCAUCAGACUUUAAACCUAAAGUCAAACAAUUUGAAAGAGAAAAGGCUGCAAAUACAAAAAAACAAAUGUUACUGAGUGAAAAUGAACAUUUACAAUCUACUCUAAGGAUCAGAAUAAGUCGAAAGGAAGUACUACAAGACAAUAAAAAAGAGAUUGAGGGACUACAGGAAAAUAUAUCAUCUAUUAGUGUACAGCUGCUUGAAAAACAAAUUUCAAAUUUUUACAAUAGAGAAGUGAAAUCCACACAGACAGUGCUUUCACCCAAUGGAUCUAUCUGUGAAGCUCAAGAUGAUUAUAAUGACCCAGUUAUUUCAUUCAAAAAGGAUGAACUACUUCAGUUAAGUACAAAUGGACAUGAGGUACAAUCACUGGAGACUGGACAGAAGAGUGCUGUUCCAAUGAAAUACAUUGGAUACUCAAGAGUAGAAUUACUUUACUUGUUUCAGUUUACAAUAACAAAGGGAGGAUUAUCCCUCCUGCCUGUUAUCCUUGAUGAUGAUAAAAAAGCAGAGUCUUUUAUACUAAAAAUUACUAAUGAUCCUACUCUACUACAAUCAUUGAGGAAAUUAAUCACAAAGGAUAAAUUAUUUAUGGCUAGUUAUAAUUUUGAAGGACUAAGGCCACAUGACUUAACUUUAAAGAAAGGAGAAGUGCUUGAAGUUGUUAAAUAUGAUGAUGAUGAUGAAUGGUGGUAUAUGUAUUCACUUCGUACAGACAAAGAAGGAUAUGUACCAAUUAAUUAUAUAUUACCAAUUGAAGGGAAAUACUCACCAAUGUACUACAAGUACAUCUACUAUCAUACAGUGAGUCGUGAUGAAGCAGAGGAGAGACUGAGUCAAGCAGACACUCAAGCAGGUACUUUUCUAAUUAGACAUAGUGAAAGUAAUCCUAGACAGCAUUAUUCCCUCUCACUUAAUGAUGGAGCUGCUAUCACGCAUUACCGUAUAUACAUGUACAUUCAGAAGAAUAAGUAUUAUAUGAACCCUCGUGUCCAGUUUGACUCACUCAAUGACCUGGUACAUUACUACAUGAUGAAAGCUGAUGGUCUGCCCUGCUCACUAACAGUUCCUAUAUUCAAACAAGUAAGCAUACCCAUUGCAAAGAAUGAAGAGUGGAAAAUUAAUAAGUCAUCAAUCAAGUUUGAACAAUGCAUAAAUGCUGGACGGUUUGGAGAGACAUGGAAGGGUAAUUGUAAAGGUAAAGGGCCAGUUAUGAUUAAGACAAAUAUAGCAACAGAUAUUACACAAGAAACAUUUAUUGAGGAGGCCAAAAUAUUAGUAAAAUUCUACCAUAAGAACAUCAUCAGUCUAUAUGGUGUUUGCAUUGAAGACUAUCCUUUUUAUAUUGUAACAGAGCCAAUGAAUGGAAACCUCAAAGAUUACCUAACUACAAAAUAUCUAGUUACAUCAGCAGAGUUGGUAGAUAUUGCUAUUCAAGUUACUAAAGGUAUGAUGUAUCUAGGAGAACAAGGUUACAUUCAUUGUGAUCUAAGAGCAGAGAAUAUACUAUUAAGAGAUCAUAACACUGUCAAGAUAGCAAACUUUCAUCUUGCUCAACACCUCAAUGGUAGUAAAUACUCGACGGUAGAAGGAACUAAGCUAGCUAUAAGAUGGACAGCACCUGAAGCAUAUACUUUAAACCAACUGAGUAUUAAAUCUGAUGUUUGGUCAUUUGGUAUAUUACUAUGGGAACUGGUUACUAAAGGAAAGGAACCGUAUUCUGGCAUGACUGAUGAAGAUGUAAAGGAGGCAGUGUCAAAAGGUUAUCAUAUGCUCCUACCCCAAGGUUGUCCUGAACCGUUUAAACAACUGAUGCUAAACUGCUGGAAACAAAAUAAAGACAAGAGGCCAAGCUUUAAGAAUAUUUUUGAUUUACUUAUGAAAUAUGAUACACAUGAUACUUAAUACACAUUUACAUAAAGUUAUUACAACCUGGGGCUCACGUAGCCCGAGGUCAUUCC